AUACUACGUAAAGAUAUUUAGGGACAAAUGAUUCCAGAAGGAUCGUAAUAGGCGAACAAUGCGCAAGCGCAGUCGCACACCUCCUGGUUGCCAAACAGUAGUUAUGGAGAUAACAUGGGACUGACAAUUUAUCCUUGUAUUUAGAAUGCAAGAGCGGGAUGCCACGUAAAAUAGGAUUCACUGUCAUCAGCUGGUCUGGUCAUGAGGAGAAUUACAGUGCCAAAGAGCUGAUGGUUCAUGCUCCUACCGUCAAUGGAUGGAGGUCUGCCAGGUUCUGUUCAUUUCCACAGGAGAUCACAGUACAUAUGGUGGAACGAUGUCGCAUCAGAAAGCUGCAGCUGCUGGCUCAUCAGUACAUGAUCUCUGCGAAGGUGGAGUUUCACAUCGGGGACAGUGAGACGACUUCUCCUCAAUGCCUUCAGCAGUUUCGCAGGCUUGGGUACGUGUCACUCUCUACUAAUGAGAAGACGGGUUUCAGAGCACGAGAACUGAAGUCAGUGCAUGUAGAUGCUGUCGGGACAUAUCUGAAACUCACCUUUUACAAAAACCAUGUCAAUCAAUAUAACACCUAUAAUCAGGUCGCGUUGGUGGCUAUAAAUAUAUUAGGUGACCCAGUGGACUGCAGUGAUAGCAGCCCAAUACCAAGCAGAGAUCAGUUGAUUAAUCAGUACAUUAGCAGCACACAGCACAGCUCAUCACUGGAUGGCUCCUAUGCAGGGUAUAAGCUUGAGUCUGUCUCGCCACUGGAUGACUUGGCGUUUGACAUGUAUCAGGAUCCUGAGGUUGCCCAUAUCAUCCGCCUGCUGGAUGAUAAGAAACAAGAAAUGGUCAGAUUAGAGAAAUACCAUAUGGCAAAAAAGCUCAAACAAGCAAUAGCAGAUCUACAAAAGGUAGGGGAGUGUUUGGGCAGGUAUGAUGUGGAGAAGCAUAGUGCUAUAGAAAGGGAGGACUAUGACACAGCCAAGCAGAAGAAAGAGCAGAUGGAGGCCUACAGGCUUAAAGUCUACCAGCAACUAGAGUUGCAUGAACUGCUUGAUAUGAGCCAGAUUCAUAGAAUUACAGAAAAUGUGUCCGACUUCAAUAUUCCCUCCUCAAGUGUUCAAGUGUUUAAGCAUUCUGUGUCUCCAUCUGAAAUAACAAAGAAGAAGAACCAUAAGCAAAUUUUAAUGGAGGACGAGCAGAUUACACCUAAACCAGUGAGCCCUGAACACACGAGUGCAGCAAUACCACAUAUGCCACAUACGCUGCCUCAGUUUCCAAAGAUUGACGUCAGCUCCUUGCCGUAUGAUGAGAGGCCUCUUCCAGCUUUGAGGAAGCGUUGGGAGAGUCAGCUGCAACCUCAGGCGGAACAGUUGCUUUCCCCGUUGGGUCCAAGUAGCCCAUGCAGUCCUGGAGUCACUGAAGAACCAGAGCCCUUGUCAGAGAAAGCCCAGAGAGAAGCUGUCCUGCCUAUAGAGGUCUACGGAGAAAGUCUGGUGGCUGGGGCGUACUCAAAGACGUGGUCCUACAGGGAAGAUUCUUUACUGGCAGUGUACAAGAAACUAGUGGAGGUGUCACCUGGAAUUCCUAAAGCUGAACUGACGAACAUGAUGAGAGCAGCAUUGUUCCUCUGCAGGAAAGCACUUACUGAUAAAGUGUCAUCUGUAUUCCAGUCAUCGCUAAAGCUGCUGAGGAUGAUUCUGAAGGACUUUGUGGUCUCCCACCAGCUGGGAAGAUCUGAGCUUAGUUACUGCAUAGAGCAAAUCUGGGCAAGUCUUCUUUCUCGGACUGGCGAAUCUACAGUGAGACUCCGCACACUGGCUAUCGCAUUUAUUCAGGAGAUGGCUGUGUAUAAGGAGGUUCGUGCUCUGCAAUUCAUCCCUGGUGAGCUGGUAAAGCCCAUAAAGAGCAGUAUGCCUACACGUCUGGCUCUCAGCAGACUCGAACUUCUGGCAAAGCUUGUGGAACAGCUUGGCACCAGUGACUCUGGCUUCACUCUAGACAACGUCAUGCGGUUUCUAACAGGAGCAUUGGAGCAUUGUGCAGCAUCUGUGCGCGAGCUGGCUGUACAGAUUGUGCAGAUUAUGUACCACAUCCAUGGCCAUUCCAUACUGCGUUACCUUCCACCAGAUGAUCCCAGCACUCGCAAAAACAUCCUCUACAGACAUCUCUUUGACUCCAUCGCCAAAAUAGAUGGAAGACUUCCUCAGUCACAGGUAAGGAAGAAAGGAAAGGUGCAGAAAGAGGGAGAGAAAGAGGAGCAAGAAAUCAAGAGCCUGCAGGAGCAACUGGCCGUUCUGAGGGAGAUGAGUGAAAGGGAGAAGGAAAAGAAAAAAUCGCCGGAGAGAAAAACUGAGAAGACACAUAAACCAGGUGUUAAAAAGGGAACACAUUCCAUCUCUGCUGAUGAAAAAGGGGGCAAAUCUAUAUCAAACUACCUAGACAAUCUUUGCAUAUUUUGUGGAGAAAGAGAUAAGUCUUUUACGGAAGAGGGUUUGGACCUGCACUACUGGAAACACUGUCCAAUGCUGUAUCGAUGCCUCCAGUGCAGACAGGUAGUAGAGAUUGCAAGCCUAACAGAGCACCUGCUCUCAGAGUGUGAACACAAAGCAGAUUUUGCCCAGUGUCCUCAUUGUUCUGAGGCCAUCAUCAUAAAUAAGCUGACUGAACAUGCUCAAAGCACAGCCUGUAAUCCUCUUCCAAAUACUGUGGCCAAUGGAAACUGUAACCACUGUCCUUUGUGCCAUGAGAACUUACCUCCAGGAGAGGAGGGCUGGAAGUUUCACCUCAUGGACAGCAACACAGGCUGUAAGCAGAACACGCGCAGGACAUUGGCAUUACAGCGGACUAAGACACACACACAAGGGAAGACAAUUGGUGCAGCAGCAAUGAGGCCAGCAGCAGUAGAGUCUGUUGGAAGGGGCAGAGGAGGUGUCAGGAGCACCACUCGUACCCCUGCACAUGCACCACAACCCAGUAGGACAGGUAAAAUAAAGCCCUAAACUACCAGAGUACUCCUUAUUCAGCAGGGCCACACAUGGUUAUAGGAGUACAGAGCUCAUCUAAUCAAAUCAGUUGGCUCUGUUGUGACAUGCUACACAGGAAGAGAGUAAAUGGGUGUUUAGACAGCUAUGUCUAAUGUCCCUUUGUUGUAUCUGUAUUUUCAGUUUUAGUGUAAUUGUGUGUGCACAUGUAAGAUAUGUAGAUGAAGUUUAAUUUAAGCACUUUUAUAAUUUUCAGUAAUUUCAACAAUGUAGCUAGUCUGAAAGUUAAAAAAAAAAUUGUUUUCAGCGUUGUUGGGGAAAUCUUUACCAGCAUCUUUAAUGUCAUCUGUCCAUAUCAUCCCAGUUUCGGUGUUUACAGAGCAUAGAAUGUCGAAAAGAGUAGAUUGUGAAUUUGAUUCAUACAAAUUGUAAUGAAAUAGAAUCCCCACUUGAGCAGAUAUUAACCAAAGCAGUGUCAAAAAAGGCCUUUUGCAUAAUUAUAAAAAAGAACAUUAUGUUGUUAUAACUGAUUGGUAGAGUGUUGGUUUUUCUGAAACAAUAGCCAACAGUAACAGUAUUUCAAUGUUUAAUACACCCAUUGUGUUAAUAACAGUUUUAUAUUUUAGCGUCCUUUUAUUCGCUAAAAUAUGAAUAUGGUUAUAUGGUUUUGUCUAUUAUAUGUUUUUUGUCUAUUAUAGUCAUUUCACUUAAAAUGCUAAAAGAUGUUUUUGGUCAUAAGUAAAGUGAAGUGUGACUAGAAUAAAUUGUUGACUAGAAUAUUAAAUAUUAAUAUUGUUAUAAAAUUGGAAUAAAUUUAUAUUUAAUUAAUUAUUGAUACAUGGUUCUAUGUUGUGAAUUAGCUUGUGUUUAUUUCUGCACAAAAGGAAGUGUUUAUAUUUUUUGCAAUUCCAAAGAUGACUAAAAUGUAUUUAUUAAACAAUGAUAAAAAGUGUGGAUUUGUCAAAGUACCAUCUAACACUAUAAGCAUAACAGAUAACAAAUGAAUAUCUAAAAAUACAAAUAUACCUGUAAGCACAAGUAUCUAUCAAAUCUAGAUGUAAAAAAAUGUAAUUAUAUAAACUUUACAUUAAAUAAUUUUUCUGGUUUGAAAUGACCUUUAUGACCUUUAAAAAAUAUUAUGACAUUAAAAUAAACUUCAACAACUUUGUGUUGACAGCUUGCAAUGAAGGCAUUUGCACAACCAGAACUGAGCAACUAACAGGAAACGAUAUUGUAGUACAUAUACAUACAGUACAGUAAAAAAUAUUGUAAACACAUAACACUUCUUUCCAUAAAUUCACCACGACAAAGACCAUUUAUAAUGUUUUUUCUAUGCAAAUCAGCCUUUGUGUCCUAUAAUAAUGUUCUUAAUUUAAGAGUAUAAAUAAGAGAUUGGUCUCAGUAAAUGACAUGUGAACCUGACAGGGACUGGGAAUGUAUGGAAUGUCUUUUGAAAAUAAAAUGUCUAAUCAUUGCA